AAUAUUUUUUUUGACUUUCGAAGUGGGCGGCUUUCAUAUUAUUUUAUAUUUUAUUGAUAAUAUUCACCAACUCCAUUUUAGUUUCAAAUAAAAAUAAUCGAAAAAGAAUCAUAAUAAUGUCGGCACAAAAUGUCAAUGUGUGUGAUAUAGGAGAUGAUGUAAAAGAAAAGUUAAAAAAAUUUCGUUUUCAAAAGCACACGUCCAAUAGUGCUUUGAUCUUGAAGGUAAAUCGUGAGAAGCAGGCUUUGGAAGUAGACGAGGAGCUAGACAGUAUUGAGUUAGAAGAACUGCAGGAUAUCCUACCUUCACAUCAGCCACGGUUUAUUGUGUACAGUUAUAGAAUGGAGCACAGCGAUGGACGAAUAUCCUUCCCUAUGUGUUUUAUAUUUUAUACCCCUCGUGAUGCGCAUAUGGAACUUCAGGUGAUGUACGCAGGUACUCAACGAGCUUUGGCUGCGGCCGUUGGUGCCCCAAGACUCCUCGAGGUGAGAGAGAUAGAUGAACUGACCAAUGAGUGGCUUCAUGAAAAGCUGCAACGGUAAUAAAAGAUAUACAACAAAAUA